GUAGAGUUGGGAGGUGACGGCGCUGUCUCGCUGUUUGUGUCGGUCGGAGGGGAACUUCACGGCGGCUCCGGGUGUGGCUUCAAACGUGAUAAAUCUCAACGCGGGGAAAGAAUGCGUAACAGCAAUAGGGAUUAAACAAAAAAAACAAAGAAGAUACAUAAAGCAACACAGAUAAAUAUCCUCUGAAAAGCGGGUAGUGUGUGUCUGGUAGCUUCACUGGCAGCAGGAAUCCGUGUGCUCGCUUUUCAACAGCUGGAAUACUUUUUGUUGCUGAACUUCGUGGCUCGUUUUCGUGUGUUUUAAUCUGCUCCAAUGGUCUGCUGGAGGACUUCCCGAAUGCACUAAACGUCAACCGUCCCCAAAAAGUUGCUCACGGUUUGUUUUCGGGCGCAGGACAACUUCUCCAUUCUCGUUAGAGACCACCAAUGCUGGUCAACUGACUCAAUAACCAACGGAUUUCAUACGUGAGACAUUCAAGUUCACAUCGCAGGAGGAAAUCUAUGAUUGUCGUUCCCUCUCGCGGGUGAACGGACUCAGUCACGUUUGUCGCCACUCAUCAAAAAGGGAAGUCGCCUUACUCAACUUAAACCCUUGUUUUUAAAUAAGGUGUUUCGGUCACAGCCGUUCAAACGAAAUAUAUAUAUUUUUUCCUGGUGAUAUUUUCCCACUAAGCAGCAGUCCUGAAGCGUGCACUAGGAACCAUGGGUUGUACUGUUAGUCAGGAAGAUAAAGCCGCGGCCGAGAGGUCUAAAAUGAUUGAUAAAAACCUGAGAGAAGAUGGAGAGAAGGCGGCGAGAGAAGUGAAACUGCUGCUGCUGGGUGCUGGAGAGUCGGGGAAGAGCACCAUUGUGAAGCAGAUGAAGAUUAUCCAUGAGGAUGGAUACUCAGAAGAUGAAUGCAAGCAGUACAGAGCCGUUGUCUACAGCAACACAAUCCAGUCCAUUAUGGCCAUCAUCAAAGCUAUGGCCAACCUUAAGAUCGACUAUGAGGAAGCUACUAGAGCGGACGAUGCCCGCCAGCUGUUUGCCCUGUCUGCAGCAGCAGAGGAGCAGGGCAUCCUGCCAGAAGACCUGUCCAACGUCAUUCAACGACUGUGGGCUGACGGCGGGGUCCAGAGCUGCUUCACACGGGCCAGAGAGUACCAGCUCAAUGACUCAGCAGCUUACUACCUGAAUGACCUGGAGAGGAUAGGCAAGCCGGAUUACAUCCCCACACAACAAGAUGUGCUGCGGACUCGAGUGAAGACCACCGGCAUUGUGGAAACGCAUUUCACCUUCAAGGACCUGCACUUCAAGAUGUUUGAUGUUGGGGGUCAGCGGUCAGAAAGGAAGAAGUGGAUCCACUGCUUUGAGGGAGUCACAGCUAUCAUCUUCUGUGUCGCCAUGAGUGCUUACGACUUGGUCCUGGCUGAGGACGAGGAGAUGAACCGGAUGCAUGAGAGCAUGAAGCUGUUUGACUCUAUCUGCAACAACAAGUGGUUCACAGAGACGUCCAUCAUUCUGUUCCUCAACAAGAAGGACCUGUUCGAGGAGAAGAUCGCCCACAGCCCUCUGACCAUCUGCUUCCCUGAGUACCCCGGCCCUAACAAGAACGAGGAGGCCCAGGCUUACAUCCAGACCAAAUUUGAGGAUCUGAACAAGAAGAAGGACACCAAGGAAAUCUACAGCCACUUCACCUGCGCCACCGACACCAAGAACGUGCAGUUUGUGUUCGACGCCGUCACUGACGUCAUCAUCAAGAACAACCUGAAGGACUGUGGCCUCUUCUAAAAGCAUGUGUGAGAAAGAGUCACGAUUACUUGAAGAGUUCUGAUGACCAUAAAGAUAGGGGAAAUAUACACACAUCAUGAAUGACUGCACUGGCCAACCACGAUUUCAGCUUUGAUCAGCUUUUUAUAAAGACACCGAAUAGACUGAAAACCCGACGAGCCUCGCAGAAUUUCAAUAAAUGCUGAUCCAGUCGCUUGUAUCGUUAACUGUUUGGGCUAUGACCACAAAAAUCAACAUUUAUUAUUGUAUUUUGGGUCUUUUUUUCUUCUUUAUUUUCAAUUCUUAGAGGAGGCAAAGGAAAACUUUUUUUAUAUAAAUGCAUUCAUUUUACUUUUAGAAAUUCUGAUGUGCAAAUUAUUAAACUUUUAAUCACAUGAAGCUUAUUUUUCAAGAGAUGAAGCACAGGCAUGGACAUAAAAUAUGAUUGACAAAGGAAAGUGCUUUUAAAAAAAUUAUGUUUACAUAAGUUCAUCAUUCAUAGCCAAACCGUAUAUUGUUCUGCAUGACUCAACAUGGCAAAUAUUAGCUCUGUAAUCUGCACAAAUUAUCUAACAUUCCGACAAAACGAAAAUAAAAAAUGUUGAAAAGAAAAUGAAAAAGAAGCUUCACUUGCGGGGGAAAUUAUGGCAAAAUCCUAACUGAUAUUUAAAGUAUGUGUGUACCUAACAUUCUGUCACUUUUUAUAGUACCAUUUCCAUGUCUGUUGCAGUAUGUUUGUGCCUUGACUUCUGUUUACAACCAAUUCCUAGAUAUGCUUUCAGUAUGUUUGACCUACUGUGCGCCUAUAUUUUUCUUGCAUUUUCUGCCUAGCACCUAUGAAUAUAUAGUGAUUAUUAAUGAGAGACGAAAAUCUAAUUAAGAAAAAGGUUAGUGUUUUUGGUAAAUAUUAAAAUGCUUUAAAAAGUCUUAUAUGAUUUAAUUUAAAUAAAAGUAGAGAUCACCUGACUCUUGCACAUUG